UGGAUAAGCCUCUGCUCACUCUCUCCUGCAAAUAUUUACACAACACUCAGCGUGUACGUAGUGACUGAAGCCUGACGGGGCGGGAGGCAAGGAGAAACCCCAGAAGAAAUGCUGGCAGCAAACCCUACUUCUAACUUCCACCUCCCUCCAUGGCGAUUCCGCUCUACCUUAGAUUCCACCCACUUCAAAAUUUCAUCUCAUUUCUCUUCAUUCAAUAGGGGAAGAAUUUUUAACAUUCUUCCACCCAAUGCCGUUGCUCGGAGGAGGAGGGGACUUAGGAGCAGCAGAAGGUGCAGAAACUUGUGCGGCCACUUGUCAACCAGAGCUUCUUUACCUGCAGAGCCCGUCCUUCAAUGUGAAGAGGCUCCUCGGCAGCCCUUUGCUCCUCACUCCAUCAGAAUUCCUGUUGGCGAUCGCCAUAUAUUAGUUGAGACAGGUCAUAUCGGGAGACAAGCAAGUGGUGCUGUAACUGUUACGGAUGGAGAGACUAUUGUCUACACGACUGUUUGUCUUGAUGAUGUUCCUAGUGAGCCUUCUGAUUUCUUUCCCCUCUCUGUAAAUUAUCAAGAGCGAUUCUCUGCAGCUGGUCGAACGAGUGGUGGAUUUUUCAAGCGAGAAGGAAAGACAAAGGAUCAUGAGGUUCUUAUUUGUAGAUUAAUCGAUAGGCCUCUACGCCCAACUAUGCCUAAGGGAUUUUAUCAUGAAACACAGAUAUUAUCUUGGGUAUUAAGUUAUGAUGGCUUACACACCCCAGAUGCUUUAGCAGUCACAGCUGCCGGGAUUGCAGUAGCUCUUUCAGAAGUGCCAAAUUCUGAAGUUAUAGCCGGUGUUCGAAUUGGGCUUAUUGAUGAUAAAUUUGUUGUGAAUCCAACUACAAAGGAGAUGGAAGACUCUAAGCUAGACUUGUUACUUUCCGGGACAGAUAGUGCAAUAUUGAUGAUUGAGGGAUACUGUGACUUUCUUCCUGAGGAGAUGUUACUGCAAGCAGUAGAAGUUGGACAGGAAGCAGUAAGAGUUAUAUGUACAGAGGUGGAAUCCUUAGUGAAAAAGUGCGGGAAGCCAAAAAUGCUUGAAGCAAUUAAAUUGCCCCCUGCAGAGCUGUAUAAGCAUGUUGAGGAAAUUGCAGGUGAUGAGUUAGUUGAAGCAUUACAAAUUAAGAGUAAAAUUCCAAGACGCAAGGCAUUAUCCAGUUUAGAAGCAAAAGUGUUGACCAUACUGACAGAGGAGGGCUUUGUUAGCAAGAAUGAAUUUUCAGUUACAACUGAAACAUUAUUGGAUGUGCUUGAAGAUGAAGAUGAGGAUGAGGAGGUUGUAGUUGAUGGUGAAGUUGAUGAAGGUGAUGUUCAUAUCAAGCCAGUCCCAAAGAAGCCUACUCCUUUGCUAUUCUCUGAGGUGGAUGUGAAGCUUGUUUUCAAGGAAGUUUCCUCCAAGUUUUUGAGAAGACGUAUCGUGGAGGGAGGAAAAAGAAGUGAUGGCAGGAGCCCUGAGGAUUUACGGUCAAUUACUUCACGGUGUGGAUUACUUCCUCGAGCACAUGGAAGUGCUCUUUUCACACGUGGUGAAACCCAGUCAUUAGCUGUGGUUACACUUGGCGAUAAACAAAUGGCUCAGCGGUUAGACAACCUUAUGGAAGAAGAUGAGUUCAAGAGAUUCUAUUUGCAGUACUCAUUUCCUCCUUCAUGUGUUGGAGAAGUUGGCCGUGCAGGAGCCCCAUCUAGAAGAGAAAUUGGCCAUGGUAUGCUUGCAGAGAGAGCUUUGGAGCCCAUACUGCCUCCUGAAGAUGACUUCCCUUAUACAGUACGCGUAGAGAGUACCAUCACAGAGAGUAAUGGCUCAUCAAGUAUGGCUUCAGUAUGUGGGGGUUGCCUAGCAUUACAAGAUGCCGGUGUUCCAGUGAAGUGCUCAAUUGCUGGAAUUGCUAUGGGUAUGGUCUUGGACACUAAGGAGUUUGGGGGAGAUGGCACUCCUCUUAUACUCUCUGAUAUAACAGGAGGUGAAGAUGCAUCUGGAGAUAUGGAUUUUAAGGUUGCAGGGAAUGAUGAUGGUAUAACUGCAUUCCAGAUGGAUAUAAAGGUGGGAGGAAUUACUUUACCAGUCAUGAGACAAGCUCUCCUGCAAGCAAGAGAAGGUCGAAAGAACAUUCUUGAGGAGAUGUCGAAGUGCCUUCCUCCUCCUUCAAAGAGUCUCUCAAAAUAUGCUCCCAUUAUUCAUGUUAUGAAGGUCAAACCAGAUAAAGUUAACUUGAUUAUUGGUUCGGGUGGGAAAAAAGUGAAGAGUAUCAUUGAAGAAACUGGGGUUGAGUCCAUUGAGACACAAGAUAACGGCGUUGUUAAAAUAACAGCCAAAGAUUUGUCAAGCUUGGAGAAAUCGAAAGCCAUUAUCAGCAACUUGACGAUGGUCCCAACUGUUGGUGACAUUUACAGGAACUGUGAGAUUAAAUCAGUAACUCCAUAUGGUGUUUUUGUUGAAAUUUCACCUGGACGAGAGGGACUAUGCCAUAUUAGUGAGCUAACAGCAAAUUGGUUGGCAAAGCCGGAAGACGCUUUCAAACUUGGAGAUCGCAUUGAUGUCAAACUCACCGAGAUCAACGAGAAAGGGCAACUUCGUCUAAGCCGGCGUGCAUUACUUCCCGAGCCUACAACAGAGAAACAGAGCCCAAAGCCGCGUAGUGGAAGCCCUAAUAAAGAUUCACAGAAAGGUAAACCAAAAAGAACAACAUCAGGUUCGCAGAAUGGUGAAGCUAGCGAUUUCAACAUGCCCGAUGAGAAGAGCCUCGAUGGAAAAAUCUCUGUCCCUACAACAAAUAAUUCCCUAGAAAGCAGUACAAUUGUUGCUGACAAUUUUGUCGAGAGAAUCGUUACUUCAGAGACCGACGCUCCUGAUGAAGCUGGCACAAAGGAGCCUAAGGAAAGGACUAGCAAAGCUGCCGGCAAUAGAAAUGCUGAAAGUGCAGUUGUAAAUGGAGAGGCCAAAAUCGGAUAACAAAGUAUAUAUAAUGUCUGAAAGGAGGAUCCUCGUAACUAUCGAGAGAUGAAGCUUUCUUUUCAUUUCCGAACCAAGCAGCAGCUAUUGUCUUGACAUGUUCACUCAAACCUGUUCGAACGAAAAAAAAAAACCCAUUUUUCUGAAGGUAGAAAAGUCCUGAAUUUAGGAGAAUUCGAAGAUGUUAACUACGCCGAUUGGAAGCCCGGAUGCACUUCGAUCCAAAAUGCAGCAUAUUCAGGUUAGUAUGAAUAGAAGUCCAUGGAUGGAUACACAUGGAUAGGAUGAAUUAACUUAUGGCUUAAUUUCUUGACGAUUGUUUUUUUAUCUUUCAGAAAUUGAUUGAGGUUGUUAUUUAUCAAUUACGUGAUCUGGUAUGGUAUCUAAGUAGUAAUGGUAAUA